AGCUGAUCGUGCAGGAAGCUGGAGGCAGUGCCUGCUGCCUCCCUCCAUCGCCGUCCGGACACUUGUGCGCUGGCCAACUCUUGUUCAUCCUGUCCGAUCACCAUGAUGUUAUCAACGUAACUGAUCAGUGUGAUGUUCUAUGGGAUGUCCAGGUGAUCCAGAGCUCUUCGGAUUAUAUUAUGACACAGGGCAGAGAAGAAUAUGGCAGAUGUACCAGUCAGUGACCUAGGAAAUUUCCCUGUACAAGAAGUCAACAUGUCCUGGGGACGGCAGAAGCGAACCUUCUAUCUUCACCCCCACACUACUCCCCUGACCCCGCAGUGGGUGUUUCUUUCAGGAGCUGGAAUCCCAGAGCAGCUCAGUGAUGGACAACAGAUGAAUAUAAUGGAAGGGGAUUCAUUUCAUGAUCCAGAUGACGCCAUAAGAACUGAGGAAAUGAAAAAUAAAUGUGCCCAAGAAUCUGAACAAACAGAGUCCUGUGAACACUCAUCUCUCCUAAUGAAUAAUGUCAGUGUGCUAGAAGAGAGACUCAACUUACUGUCAUAUGAGGGACAAGUUUCCUGUGAGUAUGGCACUCUCCAGUGGACAAAUGGUGGCCAUUUUGAAGAGAUAUCCAAACUGCUACCAGGUGAUGGGGGAGCGUCCUGUGAACUUGUGGCUUUACAAAGGGAUGAAGGAGAAGAAUCAGAAGAAAUGCCCAGAUUACUACCUUAUGAUGAAGAAGAGCAUGGCUAUGCCUGCUGGGACAUCAGUGAUGAAGAAGAGCCUCAGGAAGUCUUGAGCUCCUCACCAGCAUGUGGGCCAGGGUCCUGUGAUCCUGAAGCUCCUCAAAUGACUGGUGAAGAAGUACCAGAGAAAAUGCCCAGUCAACUACUAUAUUAUGGGGAAGCAGAAGGUAGCAGUGCCUGUUUAGAAAUGUAUAAUGAAGAAGAGCCACAGGAAGACUUGACCUCACCACCAGAAAGUGAAUCAUCAUCUGGUGAACUCGAAGCUCUCCAAAUAAAUAGCAAGGAAGAAUCAGAAGAGCUUACUUCCAGCCUACUAUCCUAUGAUGGACAAGGAGCAGAGCUGCCAGUACAUGGAAAUGAGAAGUGUUCUUGUGUUAUGUGCUUCUCAAAAGAUGUGCCAGAAGGUCCAGAAGCAAGUACUGCAGAUAGCAAAGCAUGUGCCAUGAUAGAUACUGUGGAUCUUAGAAACAACUCUACUUUGGGAAAACUCAAGAGGAAAAGAAGAAAAAAGAAAGGCCAUUGCUGGACAAGACAUAAAAGGAAAUUGCAGAGAAACAUACUCCCAAAAGAUAGCAGCAACACUACUGACCAGUUGGCCUCCAGUGGGAAAAAGAAAAAAAUGCAUAUGCAAGAACCUGCCAAGAUUAAGGGGAAAAAGAGAGGCAGACCUCCUGUUUACUCAACUCAUAGUGACAAAGCCCCACAGAAAAAUGUCCGGUCAAAAGGGUCAAGAAAUCACACAGAUUGUAGCGUGGAUUUUCGCUCUCAAGUACUUCCUGUGACCUGUGGUGAGGUGAAGGGGAUGUUAUAUAAGAAGAAACUGAAACAAGGAUCCUUGGUGAGGUCUAUACAGAGUGAGGAUGGAAAAUGGUUCACCCCCAGGGAAUUUGAAAUCAGAGGAGGCUACGCAAGAUCAAAGAACUGGAAGCUGAGUGUGCGCUGUGGUAGGAGGCCCCUACGAUGGCUGAUGGAGAAAGGAUUUCUACAUAAUCCUCUAAGAAAAUCUUUCAAGAAAAGAAAGACAAUGCCAAAAUCUCACAACGAUACCUUAGCUCACCCUCAUCUGGGAAACUCCGAUGUGUGUGAGAUGUGUCGGGAUGGAGGAGAGCUGUUCUGUUGUGACACCUGUUCAAGAUCCUUUCACGAGGACUGUCACAUCCCACCUGUGGAAACUGAGAGGAGCCCGUGGAGUUGCACCUUCUGCAGGAUGGAGUCUUUGCGAAGGCAGCAGUGUCACAGGGAAUCUGAGGUCCUGGAGAGGCAGAUGCAUCCCGAGGAGCAGAUGAAAUGUGAGUUCCUUCUCUUGAAGGUCUAUUGCCAUUCAGAGAGCUCCUUUUUUUCGAAGAUUCCAUACUAUUAUUAUAUUAAAGAGGUUUCUCAAAACCUAAAGGAACCCAUGUGGUUGGACAAAAUCAAGAAGAAGCUAAAUAAACAGGGUUACCCCAGAGUAGAGGGGUUUGUGCAGGACAUGCGCCUCAUCUUUCAGAACCACAGGGCAUCUUACAAGUACAAUGACUUUGGACUAAUGGGACUUAGACUGGAGGCAGAAUUUGAGAAGAAAUUCAAGGAAGUGUUUGCUAUUGAGGAAGCAAAUGAGAGCAGUUCACUGGUGUAGUGGAGGCUGUUGACACCCUGGAAAAUCUCCUUUUUGGGCAGAACUUUCAUGUCCCAGCUGUUCUGAGGGUUGGCUGCUAUUGGCACUCUUCCCCAAAGUAUCACCUUCUGCCAAUGCCAGCUUCACCUGGGGAUUACACACCUUUUGGGCCUGGAGGUCAGCUUCCAGCCCCAAGGUGGAACCAACUUGUAGUGAUCCAUGCUCCUUCAUUCUCCAUGAGAUCAGGCUGGAGCUAGUCUCCAGCUGGUACCAAUCCAUGCUUGGCUUUUCCCACCAUGCUAUCCUGUUUCCCUCAUCCCUUUUCUUUUGAAAAGAUUCUCAUAAUAAAUCAGUUACUCAAGA